GGUAUUUCCACGCUUCCCGCGCCUGGUCCUUGGUCACGUACGAGAAUGUUUGGUUGCUAGCGAUUCCACCGAAUUGAAGCGGAAAAUGAGCGGCCAGAAGCACCUGCGAUUGCGCUACUACACCUCGUUGGAGGAGGCGAUGCUGGUGCGGCUGUGGCGCGAGCACCUGCACGACAUACCCUCCUACACGGACAACCUGCCCAUUUUCCGGGAGAUCGCGCACGGCCUGCAGCAGCACGGCGUGCGCCUCAACAAGCAGGAGGCUCGCCGGCGCAUCAACAGCUACCGCAACAAGUAUUUAAACGAGCGCAACCGCGCGGAGGGCAAUGCGGACUUCGUGACCGACUGGCGCCUCUACCCGCUGAUUGACAGCCUCUUCCGUCCUGCCAGGCCGUCAACUGACCUCUUCCACGAGCGCCAUGUCUUGGAGACGGCCGCCGCGAGAGCCCGGGCGGAUCUGCCUUCCCUGCCGCCACUGCAUCUCACGUCCUCCACGCAGCUGAAGUUCGAGCGCGAUCCGGACGGAUGCGCCUUCCUUGAUGUCCAGCCGCUGGGGCACGCAGUAGUGAAGACAGAGCCACGGCAAGACGUCAACCACCAGCCGGUGAAGACUGAAUACAAUCCCACAGAGACGCAGCUGGGAAUGGCGCCUAACCACUGCCCACAGGGAGCUGCUGCCGACAGUGCCAUUCGGCGGGCACCUCUCACGCCAGCCAACCACAUCCUGCCCGAGGCAGAGGAUGCGCCAUAUGGAGGCCACACCAACGGCCAGUCGGACGCCGAACGUUCAGUGACCAAGAGGAGACGAGGGCGACGUAGUAUUCUGCCCCAAACGGGCAAGAUCACAAUGGCCGUGGUAGAGGAGCUGCGCAAGGAGAACAAGUUGCUCGAGGAGCAGAACGACGCCAGUCUGCAGGCGCUCGAGCACAAGGAGAAGGAGUUCCUCAUCAUGGAGCAGAACUUCCUGGCCUAUCUGGAGCGGCAGGAAACCUUGCUGGAGCAAAUACAGCAGAGAGCCAUCAAGCUGGAACCCGAUCGCGACUACUAGAAGGUCGAUAGGCGAUUGUGAGGCAGCUUUAGCUUUAAGUAGGGAAUGGAGUCCCACCCUGUGUUUUUCAUUUCGUUCCUUUCGCAGACACAGAAGUCUAUUUCACUUGACGUACAAAGCAGCAUAGCGAACCGAAGAUAUUUUUAUUUCAUAACCUUUUCUUAUUAUAACGUCGUCAUAAGUAUAAAAUGUAUAAAACAAUCGGAUUUUGUAAAAGAUCUCUCGGUA